GUUUUAACAUGGAACGAUUUAAUUUUGACGAAAUAAAAAUCUUUGACGAUACAGUAUAUGAUAUAAAUAUCAUAAAAACUUUAACUAGCACGAAUGACAAAGAAACAGCUUUCUAUGUCAUGGACAUUGGUAACAUCAUAAAGAAACAUCACGACUGGAUCACCAAGUUACCUCGAGUUAUCCCACACUUUGCAGUUAAAGUUAAUCCGAAUCCAACGGUAAUUAAAAUUCUAGCAGCUUUAAAUGCCUGUUUCGACUGUGCAUCCAAACAAGAAAUAAAGCAAGUGAUGCAGCACGGAGUGCAGGGUGACCGGAUAAUUUUUGCGCAUCCUGCUAAAUAUUCAUCGCACAUUGAAUAUGCUAGGACAAUGAAUGUAAAGCAAAUGACAGUCGACAGCGAAAGCGAGUUGUACAAGAUCAAGGAUAUCUUCCCUGAAGCUAAUGUCGUCAUACGUGUGCGCUGCGACGCGAAAAACGCACUAUUAAAAUUGGGAUUAAAAUUCGGUUCCGAACCGAACGAGGAAACCGUGCGUUUGAUUCAGCUCACGAAAGAUCUCGGUUUGAAUUUACACGGCUUUAGCUUCCACGUCGGCAGCCCGUGCUGGGAGCACGAGGCUUACGCCAGAGGGAUCGCAUUGUGCAAACAAUUAGUUGCCGUCUCCAAGGCAAUCGGGUGCGACAAGGUGCAGUUGAUCGACAUCGGCGGUGGAUUCCCGGGCGAUAGCGGAACGGACAUUGACAAGUACGCCAGUGUUAUCAAUGACGCGAUACAGGAUCUCGAUCCUAGCAUAAAGAUUGUCAGCGAACCGGGGAGGUACUACGUAACUUCCAGCUGCACUUUAGCCUCAUAUUUGCAUUCCAAGAAAAUCAUUCCGGAGGACGGUGCAAUGAUGAGAAUGUAUUACAUGAAUUGUGGAGCAUACCAUUCCUUCGCGGAAGAACUCUUGGGCGUGAGGGCUAGGGUCCCACAAUUACUUUCCGAGCCUGCGAGUGAGGAGAAAUUCCUUUCAACCAUAUGGGGACCGACGGCCGACUCGUUUGAUGUAAUUGUCCAGAAUGUGAUGUUGCCUGAGCUUGAUAUAGGCGAUUGGUUAAUUUGGAGAGAUAUGGGUGCUUAUACAAUAGCUCUAGCCUGUCCAUUCAAUGGAUACCCGAUUCCAAUUGUGAUUCCAGUCAUCAGAAGGAGCCAAUGGGAAAGCUUUAAAGCGCAAAUCGACACGAUGUAAAAGCUUCUAUUUUCACAAGUAGAUCGAACAAUAUAAUUU